AUGGAACAACGUUUCGAACCCCCUCUCUGCUCCCCCCCCAUCCUCGCCCAGCUCUCUCCCCGGCAUCUGCCCCCGUUCCCCCCAUCCUAUUCCCUAUUUCCCCGUAUCCCCUGCAGUGCUUCCGCCCAUCCUAUCCCCUCUUUCCCCGUAUCCCCUGCCCUGCUUCCCCCAAUCCCCUUCACUGCUUCUACCCAUCCCCUUCCCUGCUUCCCCCUAUCCCCUUCCCUUCUUCCCCCCAUCCCCUUCGCUGCUUCCCCUCAUCCCCUUCCAUGCUUUCCCCCAUCCCCUUCCGUGCUUCCCCUCAUUCCCUUCCCUAUUUCCCCCCAUCCCCUUCGCUGCUUCCCCCCAUCCCCUUCGCUGCUUCCCCCCAUCCCCUUCCCUACUUCCCCCCAUCCCCUUCCAUGCUUCCCCCAUCCCCUUCCUUACUUCCCCCCAUCCCCUUCGCUGGUUCCCCCCAUCCCCUUCGCUGGUUCCCCCCAUCCCCUUCGCUGCUUCCCCCCAUCCCCUUCCCUGCUUCCCCCCAUCCCCUUCCGUGCUUCCCCCCAUCCCCUUCUCUGGCGCCCGUAG